UCACUUUGAAGUAAAAAUGAAAACUUUUUCAAUUAUUUGCCUAGUUUUAUCUUCAAUUGGCGUUUUAUCUUCUCCAUUUGAUGGAAAUACCUCAGAAUGGACUUUGGAUAAAAGGAAUGUGGAACCGGAUCAACAUUUUAAUCCAAUCACAGACAUUGUCUAUCAUUUAUUCACAAGAAGAAAUCCAACGGAAUCACAAAGAAUCACAACAAAUAUUAACACAAUAUUGGCAUCAAAUUGGAAUUCAGACAAUGCAGUUCGAUUCUUGAUCCAUGGACACAAUUCAGGCGUUGGUUCCACUUUCAGCACUCUGAUUAGAGAUAAACUUUUAGCUAAUGCUGAUCGUAAUGUUGUUGUCAUUGACUGGAGCGUUGGUUCCAAUACCCGACUAUAUUCGACAGCACGAGGUCGUGUUGGAACUGCUGGUGUAGCAGUUGCAAACUUUAUUGAUGAGCUACAUCGUAAUGGAUUUGUAGAUUUUACACAGGUGCAUAUUAUUGGACAUAAUCUUGGUGCUCAUGUUGCUGGCAAUGCUGGAAAGAACGUUAUGCGUGGAAGAAUUCAAGCUAUUUAUGGAUUAGAUCCUGCUGGAGGUUCAUUCAGUGCUGGAGAUACUGACCGGCUUGCUUUUUCUGAUGCUGUCUAUACAGAAGGAAUUCACACAAAUGCAGGUGGCAAUGGCUUCGCAGAACCAAUAACUCGUGCAUCAUUCUAUCCUAAUUGGGGUGCAUCACAACCAGGAUGUGGCGUUGAUGUAUCCGGAAAUUGUGCCCAUGAACGAUCAAUUUUGUUAUAUGCUGAAUCAAUAUCAAGCAACAGAUUUGUAGCUAGACAAUGUUCUGGUUAUCAACAAAUUACAGCAAGAAAUUGUCCAGGCAUUGGAAGUGGAACAAUGGGUGGAGAUACAACCAAGACACUUGCUGGAGUUUAUUAUUUAAGUACAAAUUCAGUUUCUCCUUUUGCACAGAAUUAA